GUGGCCGACCUAGCGGCGCAGUCGGCGCAGACGCAGAUGCAGCGACUUUGGGGCGGGCGGGCCGGCUGAGGCUACCUUGGCGGUGCCGAAGCUGCUUCUCUUUCCCCUUCCUCUCCCUGGUCUUCUCUGGGUGGUUUACUUGGUUCUGCAUUCUCAUGCUUUCAGUGGCCACUCAGACAGGGCCUAAACUGAGUACCCAGUUGCUCUAUAGUGAUUCCAAGUAUGAAGAGGCUGGUGUGUUUUACAGAGAAAACAGCAAUCAAUGUAAAGUUGAAUCAAACAUGGAAGAUUAAUUGUCCAUGAAAACAAUAAAAACAAACCAGCAACUCAGACCCUGCUUUCUUCAAAGAUUGGCUUUGCCUUGGUCUUGCUAGACUCUUCAUCUGUGGUUCCUGUUAUUUUGUGUUUAUACUUCAAUGGAGUUAGACACAGCAGCAUACAAAGUCAGUGGGCAAUGAAUUCUUUCUCUUGAUAGGUCGAAGUGCUUGGUCUAAAGUCAACCCUAGGUUGGCUCGGGCAGAAAAGUGGGAAGAAAUGCUGAACUUUACCAGAUGUCAACAUCUGAAACAGAUAACGCAGAAGUGUUUUUCUAGUGCACCGGUUAACGUGCGGACUCACACGCAGCGCUUGCUCUCACAGGCCUUUGCAUAUGCAGGAUCAGGGAAGUCAUGGCACUCAAUCCACUCUCUUGUUGGAGACAAAAAUAUUAUCCUGAUGGGGCCUCCUGGUGCAGGGAAAACGACAGUAGGCAGAAUAAUAGGUCACAAGCUAGGCCGCUGUGUCAUUGACGUGGACAGUGACAUCCUUGAGAAAACCUGGAAGAUGAGCGCUUCUGAAAAAUUGCAGGAUGUUGGUAAUGAGCAAUUUUUAGAAGAGGAAGGAAAAGCCGUUUUAAACUUGUCUGCAUCUGGAAGUGUGAUUUCCCUCAGUGGGUCCAAUCCCAUGCAUGAUGCUAGUAUGUGGCAUCUGAAGAAAAAUGGGAUUGUCGUGUACCUGGAUGUGCCUCUAGUGGAUAUAAUCAGUCGUCUGAAAUCAAUAAAAGUUAGCAGGAUUGUCGGUCAGAACUCGGGAGCAUCUAUGAGAGACUUACUGCAGCACAGAAGACUGUACUAUAAGAAGUGGUACGACACGCGAGUCUUUUGUGAGAGCGGGGCUUCCGCUGAGGAGGUUGCAGACCGAGUGCUGGAUGCGGUGAAAAGAUACCAAGAUGUGGAUUCAGAGACAUUCAUUUCAACAAGGCACAUGUGUCCUAAAGACCUUGACAAGAAGCCUCCACCAAAAUACUUCAGUGAAGCUGUGAUUGAGGGAUUGGCUUCUGAUGGCGGACUCUUUGUCCCUGAGAAGGAGUUUCCAAAAUUAAGCUGUGGGGAGUGGAAAAGCCUAAUAGGAGCGACCUACAUAGAGAGAGCGCAGAUACUUCUGGAAAGGUGUAUUCACCCUGUGGACAUACCUGCCACCAAGUUGGGAGAAAUGAUUGAAACUGCUUACGGGGACAACUUUGCCUGCUCCAGAAUUGCCCCUGUCCGGCACCUGUCAGGCAAUCAGUUCAUCCUGGAGUUGUUCUAUGGGCCCACGGGGUCCUUCAAGGAUUUGUCUCUACAGCUCAUGCCUCAUAUCUUUGCCUACUGCAUCCCACCAAGUUGCAAUUAUGUGAUCCUUGUAGCUACUUCAGGAGACACGGGGAGUGCAGUCUUAAAUGGGUUUAGCCACCUUAGUACAAACGACAAGCAAAGGAUCGCCGUGGUCACAUUUUUUCCAGAGAAUGGAGUUAGUGAUUUUCAAAAAGCACAGAUAAUUGGCAGUCAGAGAGAAAACGGAUUGGCAAUAGGUGUCAGGUCAGAUUUCGAUUUUUGCCAGACAGCUAUAAAAAAAAUAUUUAACGAUUCUGAUUUUACUGGCUUUCUGACUGUGGAAUAUGGAACAGUCUUAAGUUCAGCAAAUUCUAUAAAUUGGGCUCGGCUGCUUCCACAAGUAGUUUAUCAUGCAUCUGCCUAUCUUGAUCUUGUUAGCCAAGGGUUUAUUUCCUUUGGAAGCCCAGUAGACGUUUGUAUCCCCACAGGAAACUUUGGGAACGUGUUAGCCGCAGUCUAUGCCAAGAUGAUGGGGAUCCCUAUCCGGAAAUUUAUCUGUGCCUCUAAUCAGAACCACGUUUUGACGGAUUUCAUAAAAACUGGACAUUAUGAUCUAAGGGAUAGGAAAUUAGCACAAACCUUCUCACCAUCAAUCGAUAUUCUCAAAUCUUCAAACCUGGAGCGACAUUUAUACUUGAUGGCUAACAAAGAUGGACAGUUAAUGGCAAAUUUAUUUAAUCAGUUAGAGAGCCAGCUUCACUUCCAAAUAGAGAGGCUGCUGGUCCAGAAGCUGCAGGAGGACUUUGUCGCGGACUGGUGUUCGGAGGGAGAGUGCCUCGCAGCCAUCGGCACUACCUAUAACACGGCAGGGUAUAUUCUGGAUCCACACACGGCUGUUGCAAAGGUGGUUGCAGACAAGAUGCAAGACAAAAGCUGCCCGGUGAUCAUCUCAUCGACAGCUCACUACUCAAAGUUUGCACCCGCUAUCCUGCAGGCCCUGAAGAUUAAAGAGCUCAACGAAACGUCAUCAAGCCAACUUUACUUACUGGGCUCAUACAAUGCAUUACCACCUCCUCAUGAGGCUUUGUUAGAGAGAAUGAAACACCAAGGGAAGACAGACUACCAGGUUUGUGCAGCUGAUGUGAACGCCCUGAAGAGCCAUGUGGAAAAGAUGAUCCAAAAUCGGUUCAUAAGGAAGUCUGAGUAGAGUAUUUUUCUUGGCAAGAAGCAAAAAUAAAUCUUGAGCGUUGGUUGGGACUACA